AUGAUAAUUUUAUUUUAAUUGAUUCCAACUUUGUUUUGUUUCAAUUACGAAGGUAUUAUUAAUAGAGAUCUUAAUCAUAUAAUGAAUGAAAUAAUAAAUGGUUCAUUACCAGAAGGUAGAUUAUCUAUUAAGGAUGUGGAGAAUUUAUUUACAGAACUUAAAAGUAUUUCCAAUUUUGUCCAUUCAUAAAUAAUAGGAGAAUCUUAUCUUAAUAAAACUAUUUAUUCAUAUGCAUUAUGCUCUAAUUUUACUAAUUAAAAGCCAACUAUACUCAUUACUAGUUUACAUCAUUCGAGAGAAGUAGCUAGUUUGCAGAUGAAUAUUUAUUUAUUUCUAUAUUUAUUAUGGGAAGUAGAACAUGAAUAGAAUCCAUUUUAUAUAAAUAUGAUUAAUCAUAAUUGUAUCUUGUAAUACAUUUAAUCUAAUUUAGGAUUGUUCCUUUUGUCAAUAUUGAUGGAUAUCAAGAAAUAGAGUCUGAAUUUAAUAAACACAAUCUUUAACCUAUAACAAGAAAAAAUUUAAAUAGAACAAUUGCUUGUUAUCAAACAGAUGAAUUAGCUGGUAUUGAUCUUAAUAGAAAUUAUGCAUAUCAUUUUGCACACGAUAAUAUUGGCAGUUCUAAUGAUCCAUGUGAUGAAACUUACAGAGGAAGUGCAGCAUUUUCUGAAAAGGAAACUUAGGCAAUUAAAUAUGUGGUUCAAAACUUUAAUAUUAAAAUGGCAAUGAAUUUACAUUGUUUUGGAAAUUUGUGGGUUUUACCUUAUAGUUAUGAUAAUGAAGAGUUAGAUAAAGAUGGAGUUCCAUAUCUUAUUUAUGAAGACUUUAAACUUAAUGGUCAUUUUGUAGGGCAUUAUUAAAUCGGGCAUGCUAUUGAAUUAGUUAAAUAUACAGCAAAUGGAGAAGCUGCUGAUUGGAUGCUUUCCUAAGGUAUAUUUCCUUAAUAAUGAUCAAUUUAGGUGUAAUUGCUAUUAGCCCAGAAUUAGGAGAACAAUAUUAUUCUAAUUUUUUUAAUAACUUUUAUCCUGAUUAAGAAUAGACAAUUAAAUUAUUGAAAAAUUAAUUUCCUCCUUUGAUUCACUUUAUUAAUUAUUUACCUUUUCAACCUUUAAUCAAAUAAUUAUAUUAGUAUGAUUUGAAUGAAGCUCAAAAAUUAUUAAAUAAUUAAACUUCUAAUAAAAUAUAUGUUGUAGAUAUAUAAUGUAUUAACCAUGGUGUAACAAAUGGAAAUUAUCAAAAUUUUGUUGUUUCUAAUUCUGUUUAACUUAUUGAAGCAUUUUAUAUUGAUCUUAAAUAUGAUCAAAUAAUUGAAAGGGAAAAAAUCCAUAAUUAAUAAUUUAUAAAAAUAAAGAUUCAAAACAACACUUUUUCAACUGAUUAAUUUCCUCCAAGAAGCCAAAUAAUUUAUAUUUUAAUUUUCUAAGAAGUGUAAAUUGGAAGUGAAGUUAAAUUCUAUUUCGAUCUAAAUGGAGAAAAACAUUCAAACAGUAACACUUUAAAUUAAUUAUUUAUUAGCCUUUACUCUAACAAAUUUUAAUUAUGAACUGAAAUAAUUAAAAAUUACCUCACUUUAUAAUUUAUUUUAUGUAAGCCUCCUUAUAAUUUUAAUCGUCAUUUUAGGAAUCAUAAUUGUAAAGAAGAAAUCAAAAACUAUAAAAUAAUACCAUAUCACAGAAUUAGUAGAAUAAAGACCUGAGAAUAUUGAUUUAAAUUUAUAAAAUUGA